AGAUGAGAAGUGCGGCUACUAAUUUGCAAUUUUCGCAUUUUUAGAGCCCGCGCGCUUCUUAUAUUUAUUUACGUUUACAUGUUUUUGUGUUGGUAUUGAUUAUUGUCGCACGUCCACCGCACUUAGUAUUGUUGUGGAAGGCGGAAGAAAGUUGAAGUGCUAAAGCACAAACAUGACAACAUUAGAGGCAAAAAGAAUUAAAAAAUAUGUUGAGGACAGGGAAAAGCAGAAUGACAUCGAGAAGGAUAUACAAGUGAACACAUGGAAAGAUGUAUUUGCAAAGGCCAGCACAGGAGCUGUUGAGAAGGCGGAUAGGAGACGGCUAAACCAUCAGCUAUACACGCAGCAGGGCGAACUGCAGGAGGAACAGAGGCUACUGGAGAAGCUGAACGAGCGGGAGCAGGCGGCACACCGCGCGGCCCAGGAGGCGCUGCUGGCCGAACAGCUCGCCAAACUGCGAGAUGACAAGAUCAGGGACGAAAAGGAAAGGCUGCGGAUACGUCAAGAGAGUGAGGAGCUCAAGCUGCUGGAGCGUCAGUUGUACCAGGCCUAUGUCAACAAGGAGCGCCACCUUCAGCUGCAGCAGAAGCGGCUGGAGAAACACCGACAGCAGAUGGAGCAGCAGCGGGACAAGGCCGCACUGGACGAGUACACCAAACAGUACGACAUCGAGAAACAGGAGCGAGAGCGACAGCGGCUCGUCGACAGCGCCCGCUACCUGGAGGGACUGCGGCAGCAAUUUGUGGAGAAGGACCUUCAGAAGGAGAGCGAGUUCCAAAAGUUCCUCAAGGAGAAGGCUGUCAUUGAUGAGGUCGUGCGGCAGAUUGAAGAGGAGGACAAGCGGUAA